UGCUCAAGAAUUUUUUUACGUUUUAUGGAGUCAAUAUAGUAGAUGCCGCCAAGAAGACGGAAAGCUGCAACCAGCGCACAAAGAAAAACAAGCAAAGCGAAUUCCAGAGAAAAUCGUCAGCUAGCAAAGGAGAACGACUCCAACUCUCGAGGUCAACUUUCUCGAGAACUCAGCUCAACACGAAGAACCUUUGAAGAAAUGAAGGAAGUAGAGACUAUGGAAACUUUUGACCAUAUUCCUGCGCCACCACUGAAACGAAAGAAUAAGAGUAGCAGUCAAGAAAAAGUUGAGAACGACCAUGUCGUAGAAGUCGACAAACAGAAAGAGAGCGAACUUGAAAGGAGAAAGCGAGCCGUAGAAAGUAUUUUACGAGAUACUGCUCCCAUAAACUUUUCGUCAGCCACUUUUUUAGCUGCAAGAGUCACUGAAAAGCUUGUUCGGAGAAUUUAUUUGGAAGGUUUAUUAAAGUUUCGUUUUGGGCAGGAAAAAGUUGCUGAUGAGUUAAAGAGGCAUAUUUUUGACGUUUCAUUUGAUAAAGGAACUUUAAGUAACCAGACGAAUCCUAAAUUUUCUUUGGAGCAAACAGGAAAGCAACUGAGCCAGAGUUUUGUUCGCAACAGUACGUCCAGUUACAACAACACUAGAAAUCUUUCUUGCUCUCAUUGUGGCUCGCUUGUUGCCUCGUCGCGAUAUGCGGCUCAUUUAGAAAAGUGUUUAGGCAAAGGAGGCCGCUUGAGUAGCAGAGCUGCCUCGUUACGUUUGCGUAACGCUGCUUCUGAUUUUGAUCAAAACAUGACCGAGGAUAAUCUAUAACUUCGUAGAUUUGCUUCUAUCUCAUGAUUAAAAACAAGAGUCAGAUGGUAGGAACUAUUCAAUGAAUUACAUUUAAUCAUG